UCUUCCAGGAUUGUCUUGGAUUUAACUCCAUCUUCCUUGUCCCUGUUGAGGCAUCCCGUCAGCAUGAUGCUGCUACCAUCGUGUUUCAGAGUGAUGUGAGCAGAGCAUCUUCCUCCAUGUUUGCAGUGCCCCCGACAUGGCUUGUGGCAAACUGCGAGGGACUUAUGAAUCACUGUUAACAAUGGCUUUCCUCUUAAUCUUCCAUAAAUUCCAGGGAGGUGGAAUAUGUGACUGAUAGAUGUCCUAUAAAUGCAUUCUCCCACCUGAAUUCUGGAUCUGUGCUGCCCCUCAAGGAGAACCUUUCUUUUCAGAGUUUUAUUUGUUAAAAUGGUUAAAAGCAACAUAUAAUUUCUCUUUUAUUCACAGUUCGGUGCUACUUUGUGUUUGUCUGAGGCUUAAAAGUCCAAUAAAAGAAAUUGAAGUUUGUAAAAAUUGUUAAAAAGUUUAGGGGUGUGAAUAAGGUUUGUAAGGACCUAUACCUUGUUAAUAAUAGAGUUGUCAUUAAAGACAGUGUCUUUGUGAUGCUUUUAUUUAAAAACUUUCUCCUUAAUGCUUCAUCUGAGAUUAAUUAAUUGCUGCUUUUCCAACAACUUUUCUGUUCUCAGCUGCAAACAGGACAUUUGUCAUGGUGUUGGGACACUUUUGGUCUAUGUGAAGAGUCUUAAGGGUUUGGGGGCCAUUCGAGAUUCUGUCUGGGAUCUUUUAUCCACAGACUCCAUCAGUCAGCACUGGGGUAACGUAUGUCAGCAGCUCCUAGGGCGCCCCCUGGCUGUGUGGGAGGACUUCUUGCAACAGCUCUUUCUUCAGCGCCUGCAAACCAUCACCAAAGAGGAAACAGAAGCCAUUGCAACAAUCUCGGUGCAGCUCCUCACCUCAGCUGUGAGGGACCAAGAGGGCCAAACCAUCCAGUCCUCCACAGGUAGCAACCCUGUCUCCAUUUCUGGUGCUCAGUAUGAGGUGGAUGUGGCCUCCUUUCUGUGGUCAGAGACUCCAGGGGACCUGCUGAGUGAUGCAGCCUGGGUCAGUGUGCCCCAGCGGUGCCAGAAGCAGCAGCAGAGAAGUGGCCUGGCUAUGAAGACACAGGCACUGACACCUUGUGUUCAGAACUUCUGCUCCUCUUUGGAUGCAAAGCUUAAAGCCAGGCUUGAUGACCUCCAGCACUAUCUUCCUUCCCAAGAAACAGGAUCCAACUCCAUCUCAGCCACAGUGUCUUCUUCACGACCUCCUGACUCCUCUUUGUUUAACCGCUACACGGACUCCUCGGCAGUGGAGGAAGCUCUCCGUGAAGGCUGUGUGACCUGUGUUCGCCAUAUUCUUUCCUCCAUCCGCUCUGAACUGGACUCUGUUCCAGCCUGUCUCAGCUCUGUCCUUUUCAUGGCCAGGUUGUGCCAGUCUGUGGGUGAACUAUGUCCCAGCCUGAAGCACUGCAUCCUGGGAAAACAGAGCACAGUGGAAGCCCCAGCAAAGGGGACCCCAAGACAGGGCAAGAAACUGGGCAAAUCCAAAGCUGCCACAGAGGUCAGCCCAGUGCAAGCCAAGUGGGCGGGGCUGAAGGAGGAGCUUCUUGGCUGCAGCAUAGAAGCUUACCGCAUCUGGAGCUCCGCCCUUGCCAAAGGGCUGGUGGAAACAUUUGGUGCAGCUUUGCUGACAGAGUCUGCUGGUGCAAUUCUGACGACUACAACAAGUUGGGAAGAUCUGGAGAUCCAAGAAGAGUCUGAAGCAGGGAACAGCGUCACAUCUAAAAUCAGUCUUCCAGUUCAGCCAUCUUGGUUUGUGCAGUCUUUGCUGUUCCAGCUUUGCGUGGAGGUCAACAGAGUGGGGGGACAUGCCCUUCCCCGGCCGACCCUGCAGGAGCUGCUUCAGGCCUGUCUUGUUCAAGCUCUGCAUCACUAUGACCUCCUCACAGAGCAAUCACAGGACAGAGAGGGUGUCCUCCCCAUAACUCAGAACCGAGCCUUGCAGUUGUUAUUCGACCUUCGAUACCUCCACACCACACUGAGCAGCAGACUGGAGGAGGGCAAGACCUCUAGAUCCCAGCAAGACCCAAGAUUCCACAAGAUCUGUGAUUGGCUGGAAAGCUUCAUUGACCCCUUUGACCUGGAUGUUUUUACACCUCCACUGAAUGCCAAUCUCAACCGGCUGUCCCAGAGGACCUCGGUGCUGCUUGGGCUCCUGACUGGUUCUGAGAAGCAGUUUGCCCCACGAAGCAGCACUGUGAACUCUCAGGAACCUUACAACAUUCUGCCACUGGCCAGCAGUCAGAUCAGGUUCGGAAUAUUGCCUCUCAGCAUGUCAAACACGCGGAAAUCCAAGUCCUCCUCCAGGGGGCCGGACGUUUCUCAGAACCUGAGAUUCUGAGAGUGACUUCUUCAGGCAAGUUCAUCACAGUGGCUUUCUGCCUGGGUGUGUUUUGGUUUAUUUAGUGCCAUGGCAGUGUGUGUGCACUUCAAUAAUUCUUCCUAUUUUUUAUCUUGGCUCAUGCUGGAAACAGUAGAAUGGCCUUGGAAUCCAUAAUGUCAAAUUCUCUGCUUUGGCUCCUAGAAUAACUUCUGAUCAAACUCAACAGAAUAGUUUCACAGACCAACAGAGACGGUGCAACCUGUAUGAUUGAACCACCGGAUACAAACAUUGUAACAGUUCAAGUCAGGAAUCAUCAGUAACAUCUGACUCAUUGCUCAUUUUUUUUGAUCGGCCAAAAUAUUCUGACCACCUGCCUUUUAGCUAUUAAACCUUCAUGCCCUACCAAGAAAACAGGGA